AAGAAGAUGGUUUUGAAACAGUGAAGAAUUCUCCCGGGACCAAGACAAGCAUUGUACCAUUUCCACUGUAGUAGCCAAGCCACCACCGCCACCACCUGACCACGAUUCAAUCUUUUCUACUGCGACUCUCUCUUGCCAUCCAUGUACACAUGGUUGCUCCUACUACCCAACAACCAAGUGGGGACAAGUAGAUACUUGCCAAAACUCUCUUUUGGCCAGAUUUCGAGCAUAUCUGGUCAAUUCUGUGUUUCAUCACAUCAGUACCCUUCCAAUCACUGCCUGUAAGCUGGAUUUCGAUAUAGGGAAUGAUGUUUUUGUUCCAGAGCUCAUUGCAGAAUGUUGGGAGUUCAUUGCUCAUUAUCCGAUGAUUAGUCCCAGGUUCUGCAAGGCUUGUGAGUCCCUCCAGGUUUUGCCGGACUGCAGGGUCACAUACGUAACUGCAAGCUGGUAUCUGUUCCUUCUCUCUCUCUGUCUCUCUCUCCAUCUAUCGCACUUUUGAUAUAUAGGCCAUUCCUCCCUAUCUUAUCCAAGUCUGGAGCAAAAUGGCUUCCAUUCCUAAGCCAAUGCAUCAUGGCCGGAGGCUAUUUGAGCUGCUGGAAGAGCAGCAAGAGCCUUUUCUUCUGGAUGUCUAUCUUUUGGAGCAUGGGUACUCGGAUAGAGCGACCAGAGCCAAUGAUGCUGCUGCAUUCAUGUGCUGGCCAGGGAGUGCUUGCAGAAGGCUAAGGAGGUUUGGCACCUAUGGCUUCAAGAGGAAGAGAGGUGGGAUUCUUAGGCUCCUGCUGGAUAAGGUUGUCUACAACAAGGUCGUCAGGAAGGCUUGGAGAUGGGACGGUGCAGUCGUUGGCAGUGGAAGAUGGAGCAUCUUUGGAACGCUCUUCGAGAUGAAAGGCAAAUCCAACGUUGUGGAGUUCCACAGGCUAUCAUGUUCUGGUGGCACUGAAGUGGACAGGGAGGAUCAGUGCAGGGCUCCGAGCUCCUCCACCCAGCUGAGCCCUGUGUCGGUGCUCGAACUGCACUCUGAUGAAGUCGAGGAAGAGGUAUCAUCGAUCUCAGCUCAUAAUUGGGCUGCCGUGGAGGAGCUCCUCUACGGCAGGUGCCAUGAUCCUAAGAGAGCCAACACAAAGAAGCACUUGUAUGAACCCCACCACUUUGUGUUAGACUGCCUGAGGGAGGUGGAAGGAAGGCUUUCGACUCCUCAUGAAUGCUCAGGUCCGGAGAAGAGAGGAAAGAACAGAGACGAGGAGGUGCUAUCGUACGACAACCACGGAGCUGCUUUGGCUAACCUAUCCCGAUUGAUCGACUCUGAUUUCUCCAAGUCGGGGAGAGAGUGGAAUCAUCAUCAGCAUGAGAUGACAGAGGUUGGGACUCAGAUUGAGCACCUCAUCUUCGAAGAGAUCAGGGAAGAAACACUUGUUGGCAUUCUAGAUUGUCACUGUACAUUGCAGAGAUGUUGAUUCUAAUGAUUAUCACACUGUCAACUUUACUUCCCCACAUCAUUAUUCUAAUCACUACUAUCUUUUUCUGGCAAACAGCUCGAGAAACCUCCAAAUAAUGCCACAGGAAAAGACAAAGUCUUAAUCCAGCUGGUUGUCCUCUCUGUAUUAAUGAUUCCUAAUGUUCAAUGCCACCGCAGUGAUCUGUACUAGUC